AUAUAUCCAUAUUGGACAUAUAGUUAUUUGAUUACUCUUAUUCCAAUAUUUUUAUUAACUGAUUUAUUACUUUACAAGCCCAUUCUAAUUUUAGAGAGCAUUGGUUAUAUGGUUUUCAGAACUACAUUGGUAUUUGGUUCAGGAGUAUUCACACAACAAAUUGGAAUGUCUUUUUAUGGUAUUGCAUCUGCAGCUGAAAUUGCAUUUUAUUCAUAUAUUUAUGCUAAAGUUCGAAAAAAUGAAUAUAAACGGUUAACAUCAUGGACACGUGCAUCAACAAUGGCUGGACGUACAUUUGGUUAUUUAUUAAGCCAAAUAAUUGUAAUAACUGGAAUUGGUACUUAUUUAACCGUUAAUCAAAUUUCACUUAUAUCACCUAUUUUGGUAUUUAUUUUCGGUUUAUGCUUUCCACGAAUACAAUGGAAAUCGUUGAUUGAACGAAUUAAAAUUACAACAGAAAUCGAAAUGUUGAAUGAACCGACUACCUAUAUAGAAUAUGUAAAAUUCCGACUGAGAAAGUUAUGGUCUAAUACAAAGCAAAUUUAUCAUAUUGGAUUUGUGCGAAAAUGGUCACUUUGGUGGGCAAUGACAACAUGCAUGUCCUUGCAG